AAUAAAAAAAAAGAAAUUCCGUGGUAGGGUUUAACACUACCUUGUUGCCAUCCCUGAGGUCUUACGCAAAACCGCAGUCGGCAUUUGAAUUGCGCCACAACAAUGGCUUUUUGGGGGAUUGAAGUAAAACCAGGAGAACCGUACGUUUUGUCUGAUGAGGAGAGAGGAAGGCUUCAUGUGACUCAGGCCACAUUAGGAUCAGGGGCAUCGACUAAGAAGAGCAUUUUACAGUGUGAAGUGGGAGAUAAAAAGCCAAUUUACCUGUGCUCCUUGUUGCCCGAUAAACUCGAGACAUGCCCGUUGAACCUCGAGUUUGAGGAAGACGAAGAAGUUACCUUCUCGAUCAUUGGUCCUCAGAGUGUGCAUCUCUCUGGUUUCUUUUAUGGUGAUGAAUCUGAUGACGAGGAUGAAUCUGAUGAAGAUGGUUAUGGAUGCAAUCUCUAUGAGGAUGAUGCAGUGGGGAUUGGUUCUGAAGAUGAGGAAGGUUUUGACUAUGAUUCUGAAGAUGAAGAAGAUGAGGACUAUUCUGAGGAUGACCUCUGCUGCGAGUACCCCCAUUCACCUGUUCGCAACAGUGGAGUGAAAAUUGAAGAGAUAGUGGAUGAAGGAAAGCCGAGUGAGGAUAAUGGCAUAUCUAAAAAAGCGAAGAAGAAGAAAACUGGUAUAAAUGAAAACGUCAACAGCCAGAUUGUUCCUAAGGCUGGAACUAGUGUUUCCGUCCUUGAAAGUGAAGAUGAAGAUGGUUUUCCUGUACAUGCAUGUGAUAAAAAAUCUGAAGCAAGCCUAGAUAAAACUGCACAUGAAAGUAUUCCUAAAAAAUCCCAGAACAAGAGUGAUAAAGCAGAUGCUGCUUCUGAGAGGAACUUGAAAAGAAAGAGUGGUGCUGUAGAUCAAGAUGAACAACCUGCAAGCGAAAUUGAACCACACAGUUCUUCUGCCGAACCUGACACCACCAAAACUAAAAAACUAAACAAGAACAAGAAGAAAAAGGUAGUAGAGAAAUUAGACAGUUCCAUGGAAAAUAGAAAAUCAGAUUCUGAAGUUAUGGCAAAGUCUCCAGUACCUGAAUUGGGAAGUGAUCUCAAACCAUCUUCUGAAAAGAAAAAAGAAAAGAAAAAGAACAAACAAAACAAAGUCCAAGAAAAUGCACAGACUCCGAGUGCAGGAAAAGUAGUGGAUAAAAAUGAAACUGACUUGGAGAAACAAGUGAAUGGAGGAGCAUCGAAAUCACUACAAGUGAGGACAUUCCCGAAUGGUCUGGUAAUUGAGGAGUUGGCAAUGGGUAGGCCUGAUGGAAAAAGAGCUUCUCCAGGGAAAAAGGUUAGUGUCCAUUACAUUGGGAAGCUGCAGAAAAAUGGAAAAAUCUUUGACUCAAACAUCAGAAAAGCACCCUUUAAGUUUCGCCUAGGUAUUGGCCAAGUUAUUAAGGGAUGGGAUGUUGGUGUAAAUGGCAUGCGCGUUGGGGACAAAAGAAGACUUACAAUCCCUCCAGCUAUGGGCUAUGGUCCCAAAGGAUGUCCUCCAGCAAUACCUCCCAACUCAUGGCUGGUGUUUGAUGUGGAGCUGGUAGAUGCCAACUAAGCAACUCUACCUUGUAUCAUUAAAUUUUGUUCUUUCACCUAUGUCUUGUAUUUAUGGUGUAUCCCAAGUUUGCGAAUGAUAUUUUGAAUUUAGGGUUUAAAUUUAAUGCA